GCUAGGUGUGCAGCUGGGACAGGGCCCCGCAGGACCGCGACGGCACGCCGCCACGUCGCCAAGGAUUCCUGCUCCUUGGGAACCGGCUCAGAAGCUGAGCUCUCAGCGCAGAAGUGUCGGUGCCCGUGGUCGUCACUUGCCAGCAUAAAUGCCAAAUUUGGGAUGGUGGUGCUCAUGGACCCCAGCGAGGACCCUGAGGACACACUGCACACACACCGGUCCCGGGAGAAGACCUUCGUCUUCGACAUUGUGUUCGACCAGCACACCUCCCAGGUGCCAGCAAGAUCCACACGAUGCUGCGCAUGGACGCGGGGCCCGGCAUCUACCUGCAGAUGCUCACUGACCUCUUCCAGGCCGUCGAGGAGACCCGUGAGAGCACGGACUGCAGCGUGUCCGUGUCUUGCCUCGAGACCACGCAGCUCCUCACCAGAGGCAACUGGCAGCGCACACAGGAGUCCACCGCCACCAGCAAGAUGUCGUCCCGCUCCCACGCCGUGCUGCAGGUCACCGUGCACCAGCGCAGCCACGGCACGGACAUGGCAGAGGAAGUGCACAUUGGGAGGCUCUCCAUGGUGGACCUGGCGGGCUCGGAGCUGGCGCCUCAGACCCAGAACCGAGGCAAGAGGAUGAAGGAGGGCGCCCCCAUCAACCGCUCCCUGCUGGCGCUGGGCAACUGCAUCAACGCACUGAGCGAGAAAGGGCGACAGCCAGGCGCAAUAUGUGAACUUCCGGGACAGCAAACUCACGCGCGCCUGCUGAAGCUGGCGCCUUCCACUGAGCAGGAUGCCCUAGGAGGGAACAGCCGGAUGGCGACGAUUGCCCACAUCAGCCCAGCCAGCACGCACUUCGAGGAGUCGCGGGCCACCCUGCCGUACGCGUACCGAGCCAGGAACAUCAAGAGGAGGGUCAAGCGCAACCUGCUGAAUGUGUCCUACCACAUCGCGCAGUACGCGGACGUCAUCUCCGACCUGGGCAGGCAGAUCAAGCACCCCAAGGCCAAGGUGGAGAAGCAGGAGAAGGAGAAGAGAAGCAUCCCGGAGGCCGACAUGCUCAAGGCCGGGCUGGAGCAGCGUCUGGCCAACGCCAAGAAGAAGGCCUCGCCGAUGGAGCAGCUGCCGCCCACGCAGGUCGUCAGCAAGGACAGCGGGAGGCGCUGCGACUGCUUGCAGGGCCCGCGAGCUGGAGGUGGAGGACACGGCACUGCAGGCCAACAGCCUGUGCAGGAAGAACCUGCUGUGCCAGAAGGACUUCGUGAUCCAGCGCUGCCAGCAGCACCGGCGGCUCUGCGAGCAGAUCAUCCAGGACCAGCGGCAGCUGAUUCAGGAUGUUUCGCCCCAUCUCUGCUUCCCGGACUCCCGCAGACGGCGGCCUCGCGCAGUGCCGGAAGCCCUGGAGCAGCAGUACGGCCUACACUCCCGGGAGCUGGGUGCAGACACGCUGAACCGCCUGCUGCGGCUGCGCUCCGUGAUGUCCAGCGCCCUGCGCGUCUGUGCGCUUGGCUGCCGUAAGGAUCCCUCGUGGUGGACGAAAGCCGAUGGGAAGGAAGCCUGAGUGCGGGUGGACCUUGUUACUCAGCGAUCCAGGAGAGGUGUCUUCCUGGGAACCUCAGAGGAUUCUUAGGGCUUUCCUUGGGCUUGUUGAUUCCCCAGGGGGUGCCUCCAGGCUGCUGCGUGAGGGUGAUUCUGGGCACUCACUAGGGAAGAAGGCUGGGGGUGCGGGGCUCUGCAUUCAUUAUUUAGACAAAUGCUGCUGUCAAAGCCCUCCCCGUGCCCUCAACCAGGCCUGGUGCCCCCCGUCCACCCUCUCGGGAGAACAAAGGAGAAACUCCCAGGCUUUGGCCAGAGUGGGUGAGGGCAGCUGCCUAGAAGUGUGGCGUGAGGGAGGGGUCCACGGAUCCGACAGCAUCUAAAGCCACCGCCACCCCCAGUUACCGAGGACCAGGUGCCGACAGUGUCUGGAACUUUGGACGCGGAGCCGAGUGGAUCUGGGUAGUCCUCAGCCGCUGCCGCCGUGCGGCUGCCUUUCCCGGGUGGGCUGGUGUAGUCACACUGACACGUCUGGUGUCCUGCUUGCAGAAUGUUCUUGCUGUGUGAUGUGCUCUCCCGUUCUUCCCACACGCGUGUCUAUUUUAAAACAAUCCUUUCCUAUGGUAAGUGUAGGGGUCCCCAAGGCCACCCUCAGGCUCAGUUCGCUAGAAGGACUCACAGAAUUCAGAAAGGCAGUUGUACCAACUGAGACUCUGUCCCCGUUCCACACGGAUGCCCCUCCCCCUCGCCCCACCCCCUACUUUCUGUCUCUGUGACCCCGGCUCCUCCAGGGACCCCACAGGGGUGGAAUCACAGUAUCUGUCUUUUUGUGUCUGGCUUAUCUCACUGAGCAUCAUGUCCUCAAGGUCCAUCCACGUUGUAGCAGGUGUCCGAGUUUCCUCCCUUUUGAAGGCUGAGUGAUAUUCCAUUGUGUGGAUGGACCACAUUGUGUUCAUCCGUCAUCCGUCGAUGGACACUCGGGUGGCUUCCACCCUUUUGGCUGCUGACGGCUCUGUUCUGCACAUCUCUCCCCCGCCGGAGGAGCCCAGCUGAGACCAGUGGGACGACAGGGAGGACCUCCCGUGGGGAGCCCAGUGUGAGCUGCCGCCCAUGCUGCUGGAUCUGGACAGGGUUGUUUAAGGAGAAUAAAUACAUCCUAGGAGUUGCUCGCCCCACGGAGCAAUUGUGAGACCAGAUGCCUCUCCCACCUAGUCCUGCCCUGCUGCCUUCCUGCUCUAGUGAUGGUUACGAGUCAUCGAAAGCCACGCCAUCGAAAAAGCUGGGGAAGCAAGACUCUCUUCUCCCCCCGUCAUCCCUCCGCCUCCUGCUGACCCCCCAAGUUCGCGAGGUUGGUGUGUGCAGCGCUAACCGGGACCCCAGGCUCUGGUGAGGCCUCCCCUGCCAACAGGGUCGUCGGGCCCCUUCAGAGCUGUGCUGGGCCAGGGUCGAGCACGAGAGAAGCUUCUGGAAGGAGGACUCUCCUUAAGCAGCCGUCACAACAGUGAAGCCGAGCUCCCUGAGCGUGAAGAAUCUGGUCCCCCAGCUGUGCUCCCCGGCCGGCCUGGAGCUGGGCACCCCCACCCGAGGAUGGCAGCAGAGGCCGGGCUGAGCGCCCAGGCCCUCAAGGAGCACCGAGAGCAUUGCCCUCACUGAGGCCACCCGGUGCUCCAAGGCUGGGACCGCGAGGGCGGCAGCGGCCACUCUUCCCCCCACCCUCCGGAGGACGUGGCCCCGGACUUCAGGGACCCCAAGCCCAGCGUCACCCCGGAGGCCAGCCCAGCAGACAGGAGGUGGCCGCACGCCAGCCCAGGCAAGGACCGCUCCGUGGAGAGGAAGGCCGGGGGAAGCGGUCACCCUCCCUCACCUGGGGCGUCCAGCUGGUGGGUGCUCUGGUCCCCGGGGUCCAGCCAGAGCAGCAGAGGGGGAAGGUCCGGGACUGGCCUCAACGAAGUUAUGGUGGGUGUGGGAGGACCCAGGAUGCAAGGGAGAGAGAAGAGAGCCAGGGCCCCACCUGCACCUUCACUGUGACCAUUUCCCCCGCCUUCUGACCUGAAGCCACGUGUGUACAUAUUGUGUGUGGUCAUCAUCCCAGGGGAAAUGCAGUUUUGUGAUCUGGGUCUUUUCCCGUAACAUAAUUUCAUAAAUAUUCAUACACCUACAUAGUAUUU